UACAAAGAAACAUAAAUACACAAUCAAAUAAAUAGAAUUUUUUAAAGUGAAUAUGAAGAAGGAAGGAUUUAAAAACAAGAAGAUUAGAAAAAUCACAUUAAGCCAACAAUUGCAUUUAUUAGAGUGCGUAGAGGACAAUCCUAUCUUACUAACUAAAAAAUUUACUAGUGCUUUCUCGAGAUUCUUGUUUAAUCAAGAAUGGGUGAAAAUUGCAAAACAGCUUAACAAAAUGUCUAAUAAUGCAAGGUCAUCUAUGAAAUGGCAGAUGGUUCUAGCUUCUUGGACCAGCAAUGUAAAAAACAAGGCCGCUGAAAUAAGACGAAUUAGAAAUUCAAGCGGAGGAGGGAACUUGAUGAAAAAUCUGCUUAUCCUAACACCGAUUGAAGAUAGGCUUCUUGCUGUCAAAGGAAAGACAUCUGUAGAAGGAGAUGGGGUCACAAAGGAAAUAGGGUUAGAAAGUGAUCAGCAAGAUGAAAUGACUGUUACCUUACAAGAAAUGCACGAAGAGAGACGAAAACUGCAAAAAGAAAUUGGCAGCACAUUAAAUAAUAUUUUAAAUGUUAUAGUCCAAACAUCCGACACUUUAUUGAAUUUUAAUAAAUUGUAG